UGAUACACCAUGGACCCUUGGUGUUGCUCUGUUGCUAUGGUUAUAUCAACGCAACUGGAACAUCGUUUGUGGUCGUACAACGCGAAAUAAAACAAAUUGAUGACCAUAAAACCAAGCAAGUGCCGCGUAUUUAUUUAGAUUUAGCAAGAUCAGCUUGCAGCAAAUAAUGUAUUUAACAUUUUAACACAUUUAAACGUCGCUUCUAUGAACGUUUAGGUCACCAAAUUUGGGCGCUAAUCUUCAGCAUGGAGUUCGGAAAAACGUUGAAAGAACUAAACAUGACCGUGGAUGAGAUGGACAGAUUGUCAAAAGCUUUUAGAGAUGAAAAAUUCAGGGAAAUGAUACGCGAUUACGCUCAAGAAAUAUCAGACCCCGAGAACAGGAAACGGUAUGAAGAGGAGAUCAAACUUUUGGAGCAGGAGAGAGGAAACAGCAUCGAGUUUAUCCACCCGAAGCCAUUUAAGGCUCUCAAGACGAGUGUGGACGGAAAGCUGAAGUGCUUUAUUAAUAUCUGCGGCAAUGAUAAAGUUGGAACGCCUGAAUGUAAGUGCGGUGUGUCGGAUGAUGGCCGCAGAGGGCAGUGCUGGUCCUUGCCCCACAGUCUGCACCCUGGGAGAGCAGACACAGAUCCAAAAGGGAACAAGAUUGUGAUCUAUGAUGUUAUUUUCCACACUGACACUCUCCACAUAGCAAGCAAAAAUAAGACGUUCAUGGAUAUGGUGGACAGCACGGCCAUUCAAAGUAUCCAGGACGCUUUUAAAGUGACUCUGGACAGAAACAACGUGAGGCAGAUGAAAACCAAGUACAAGGGCACCCCUCAGCCUUGUGUCAUACGAAAACCUUUGCCAGGAUACAAAGCCAAGGAGCCCACAGAGAAGCCUGACCCUCCUGCUUUCCCAUACCCGGAUGAAAAAACACCUACCACAUCCUUGCAAUCCAAACCUGCAGAGUCACCUGCAACAAAAAGCAGCACUGAUGCCAAACUCAAGAGCUUUCAGAUUCAGCCUCAGAAAACCAAAGAGCCAACAAAGCCAAACUACACAGUAAAAUAUCGAUCUUUUAUUGAUCUGCAAGACUUCAGGUGUUCCAGAGACUCAGUCAAGAGCCCCAGACCCAAAGAGAUAGUGGUCACCAUCGCCAUGCCGCUUGUGAAGUCAGUCUCAGACAUCAGUCUUGAGGUAAAAGAGAAAAGCCUGCUGCUGGAAUGCAAGAAGCCAGCCUACAGACUGGAGCUGUCUCUUGCCUACCUUGUGGAUGAAGAUAAAGGAGAGGCUAAGUUCAACAAACAGAGAGGGCAGCUCACAGUCACACUGCCUGUUCUUCCAUCUAAUGAGACUUUUGAUUUAUCUUUAGGGCCUGCUGAGACUAUUGGUGACGUUCAGAGUGUAAGUGAUAGUGAGUGGCAGGCAGAGGAAAGUGGAGAGGAACAGGAAGAGAAGGAGAGGGAAGGCAACAAAAGUGAGGAGAAGGAGAGGGGUGUUGGUGAAGAGAAGGAAAAGGAGGAAAGAAAAGUUGAAGAGCACAGUGUAAAGCAGCAGACGGUGAUGGAGAAAGGUGAAGAAGAAGAAGAAGGUCAGGAGAAGGGAGAGGAGCAGAUGUGGAAGGACACUGACCGUGUAGUGGGUGAGGGGGGGAAAUGGAGCCAGGGACAAAAAAGCAAAGGAGAUGAAGCUGAUGUGGAGAAAAAGGCAAAAUGGAUGAAGCCAAACAGCAAUGGCCAAGAAUGUGUGGAGGAGAAGAGAGGAGCUGUGGAACAAAAAAGUGCCAAUAUUUAUGAAAGUGAAGUGGAGGAGGAACGGAAAGAGCAGAAGCAGGAAAAUGAAGAAGAAGAAGGUGGAAUAUUUAAUUUACACAAGAGGCAGGACAAGAAAAACAAAGAUAAACAUAACCUGCUGAGGGACAAUGGAUGUGACAGGGCAGCAGAGAAAACGGCUUUUGGUAUAACAGGUUUUCAGUCUGAUAUUGAUUCUGACCAGCACACAGGCUCGUGUGUGGAAGAAGCAAACUCAGUGACUGUCCAUAACAGGCUUGUGGCUUCACAUAUAACUGAAAUCCAGUCAGAUUUCAUCACUGCAGAAUAUUCAAGCUGCAUGGCUGGGGAGGAAGAAGUAAAUUUGGACUCUUGUUUGGAGACUCUACCUAAAAGAAAGACUUCAGACAUCCAAGAGACAGAAGAGACCAUAUGUAGAACUUUAAAGGUAGAAGCAGAUGCUGCAUUUCUGAAGCACACACCCAGUGAGGAAUCCCACACUGCUGCUGCUGUGUCUGCCACACCACCCACCACUUUGAGCCAAACCAUCAUAAAGGAUGACUGCAUUUCCCAGGGGACUCAAGAGUUUUACAAUGCGCCUGCAACAGAUAAAGCCAAUGCAUCAAACACAGGAGGUUCAGGUAGCAAGGCCCUGCCCCCUCCAGAGGAACUAGCCAUGGCCUCAGAGAAGAGGGAGAGGGAGGACGUAGAUGAAGAUGACCUGCCAGCAGAGCAGGACAAGCCAUUACCUGUCUUACUCAGGGAAAUUGAUAAAGAUGGAAACGAAACAGUCAUCAGUGAUCACUCCACUGCUGGAAUCAUCUUCCAAAACACCAUGAUCUAUGAGCUGGACUGAGGACUGUGCACAAGAGUUUGUUUUUUUUAAAGUGUUUUCCUGCAUUUUUGAAUCCUACAGUUUUGAAUUAAAGUGAUAGUUAAUCUCAUUAAAUGUUAUUACCUCCACCAAGAUGUUAUGAUUUUGGUCCUGUUUGGUUUUUGUUUGUUGGUUAGCAGGAUUACAAACAAAAACUGCUGGAUGGAUCAUUAGCAUACUUUGUACUGACAUUGGUGGGGACUAACCCUAGAAGUCAUUAGAUUUUGGCUGAAAAGAGUCAAAGGUCAAGGUCACAAAAAAAGUUGUCAAAAGUUAGGUUUCAUUUCAAAUCUGACACACAUGUAGGGUGACAAUGUCUAUCACCAGAAUAAAUUUCAAGGUGGAGGUACAUGUGCUCUCUGAGUGCU